AUGGAUAAUAAUAACGAAACUCACGAUCCGAGCGAGGUGACAACCAACACACGACCCAAGUUUGGACAGCGGUAUCUUAAAGACGAGAAUGAAGUGUAUUCACAGAAUGCCUGGGAUAACGUAUUGUGGACCACAGAGCAGGAAUCUCAAGCCAAUGCUGUGAUUGCACAAAAUAGCGCAGACAUUUUAACUGACGAUGUCAAAGGUUUGUAUGACACCGCUGCCGCAAAAUAUUGGGAUCACUUCUAUGCUCAACAUCAGGACAAAUUUUUUAAAGACCGAACUUGGUUGCAAACGGAAUUCCCAGAACUCUUCAAUGAAAACGGUAGGAUAAAAUUAUUUCGGUUGCGGUGUCGGAAAUACGACUGUUCCUAUUCUUCACUUUUCUACGAAUGCAGUCGAAAAUCACCGGAUUACGACCCACUUCGCUGCCAUGCGUUUGUAUUCGAUGUAACAGCAACUGACGCCAUAUUGCCUUUUCCGAAAAACAGCAUUGACGUCAUCGUAAUGGUGUUUGUCUUGUCCGCUGUCAGUCCGGAGAAAUUUACUUCUGUCAUGGUGAACCUGGUUUCUUACAUGAAACCGGGGGGAAUUUUUUUAUUUCGCGAUUACGGCCGUGGUGACAUGGUCCAGCUACGAUUUAAGAAAGGCAAAUGCCUCGGCGAAAACUUCUACUUGCGCUCCGAUGGUACUCGGGUGUAUUUCUUUAAACAAGAAGAAUUACGGCAGUUGUUCCUUGGAUGCGGAUUGGAAGAGGUGGAAAACAUUUUGGAUCACCGACUUAUAGUUAACCGGAAGAAGGAACUUAAAAUGUACCGUGUAUGGAUUCAGUGUAAAUAUAAAAAACCACUUCGCUAA